AUGGGCUGGUUUUGGGCCGAUGCUCCUGCGCACCCCCACGGCGGCCUUCCAUCUGGCUCGCCUCCACCCAGCUGCCCGAUGCACAAGAAGACGGCCGAGGCCCUGAACACGACACCGAAGCCCUCCGCCUGCCCCAUCCCUCACGACCAACGCCACUUCGCGACACCACCACCUCCUCCGCCAUCAGCAUGCCCCGUGCCACACGACCAGCGCCAUGCCGGCCCUCCCCCGUCCUCAUGUCCCGUCCCCCACGACCAACCGAAGCCCGAGUCCAAGUCCAUCCUCUCCCAGCUGAACCCCCUCAAUUACAUGUUCAAGGACAUCUCCCAGGCGCCCGCCCAGAACCAGGCCAUGGCCCUGCCCACCGAGCGCGAGCCCUCGACGAUACCAAAGGGCUCUGGCGACGGCAACUGGGAGUACCCCUCGCCCCAGCAGAUGUACAACGCGCUGCUGCGCAAGGGCUACACCGACACCGACAUCACCGCCGUCGAGUCCAUGGUGUCCGUCCACAACUUCCUCAACGAGGGCGCCUGGGCCGAGAUCGUCGGCUGGGAGGACCGCUUCAGCCAGGGCUUGUACAAGGGCUGGCAGGUCUGCAAGCGCGGCGAGGAGAACUCGGAGGCGGAGCUCGAGAAGAUGAGGACCGGCACUGAGGACAUCCCUUCCCUCGUCCGCUUCCAGGGCAGGCCCAAGGACAUGACGCCCAAGGCUAUCAUGUGGCAGGUCCUCGGAACCCUCUACCCCUCCAAGUUUGAGACCGAGCCCCCCUUCGACCGCCACGACUGGUUUGUUUCUCGCAGGAUAGGCGGCACCACCAAGGAGAUCCGCUACAUCAUCGACUAUUACUCCGGCGAGGCCGACCCCGACAGCGACGAGCCGGUGUUCUACCUCGACGUCCGCCCGGCCAUGACGCCCCUCGGCGCUGCGGAGCGUCUCAUCAGGUGGGGCAGCGACGUCUGGUGGAAGGCCUCGGGCGCCGAGGUCCGCGAGCGGGAGCAGCUCGAGCAGCUGCAGCAGAAGAAGUAA